UAGCGAGGAAGCUAUCUAUUAUGCUUCCUGCGCACCUUAUCGUUCUGCAGGUCAGCAUGCAUCACAACUCCAUCUACAACGAAGCUUGUCAAAAAGAACACAGCGCUCGUCUCUGGGAUCUUUCAAGCUCGUGCGCAAGAGCACAUCAUCAGCCUCGCUCAUGAGCCUCAUCGGCCGCCUGCCGAACGACUACCGGCAUACGGAACUGCAGGUCCAGCAAUCGAACUAUUCAUCCUCAUCACAAGACAUUCGAGACAUGGAAGCCACAAUAGCGCGAUCGCACCUGGCUGGUGUCAGCAGUCUGUCGCUGAUGGACAUGAGAGCCGUCCACAGUGCAGAUUCGCUGCAACGCGCGACGUCAAGCACAUUGACACGCUCGACAUCAGAAUCCAGCGAGACCAGGUUACUCAAGGAUCCUUUCGAGUUGCGACAUGGGCGAAGAUGUUUACGGAGUGAGGUGCCAUAUCCAUUGCCCUGCGAUCUCGAAGAGCUUCACAGACAGAGUCUGAGAACUCUGCUGGACUUUCAAACAUUUGGGGGUCCCAUAUGCAAUGCUAUGCAACGACAGAAACCUCCCAAGAAAGUCCUAGAACUUGGUUGCGGCGGCGCACUGUGGACCGCAAUGUGUCACGACUGGUACGCCGCUCGCGGGCACACCGACAUUCAAUUCGUCGGUCUGGAUGUGGCACCUCUCCCACCAAACCUCCGGAGGCAGGGUAUCAAAUGGAAGUUCGUUCAACAUGACAUGCGCCGCGUGCCGUUGCCAUUCGCGGACAAUGAAUUCGACCUGAUCAUGAUCAAAGACUGCAGCACAACAAUGCCUCUGGAUCCCAGAUCGGAAAAGAUACUUAUAGACCUAGUUCGCGUACUCAAGCCUGGUGGCUACAUGGAAAUCUGGGAAUCAGAUUUCAUAACCAGAUCUCUUCUCAACAAUACACCUCCUCCAAGAUGUCGAGUACCUGAACACCAGCAAGACGCGGACCGCAGCGGCACAUUCGCCGUACCGAUUGGAUCCCCCUUCGCACAAACACAGAACAAAUAUUUCCAGAAAGCAAACAAAUGGAUGGAAGAGAUCUUCGAGAAACGGAAAUUGAACCCAGCUCCUUCCACCCGUAUAGCCGAAAUGCUCAUGAGCGAACCUGGUUUCCACGACGUCAACUACCGCCGCGUGGCCAUUCCAUUUCGAGAACUCCCUUGGGAGAAAGAACGCGCCCGCGCUGCAAGGAACGGACAUGAUUCUCCAUUGUCAGUGAACUCCGCGGACGACACUCAUGGCCUCGAAUCUCAUUCCAAGCUCACUCCGGACCAGUUGGCUCUCAGACACUCGGCUUUAAUCACAGUUCUCGGAAUGAUCGAGGCGCUGGAACCCGAAUUAAAAACUGCCAGCAGGAUGAACGCCGAAGAAUGGAGCAUCUGGUGGGCCUGCAUGAUGACAGACCUGCUGGAUCCUUCGAACGACAGUCUUUCCGGCGAGUGUCUUGAAAUGGGAGCCUGGUGGGCCACGAAAGCCGGCGAUGCUGACGACUCGGACUUCUUCGAGGAUUCGGAAGAGGAUAAAGGUCCUACUUCAUUCUUGGAUUUGUGACACGAUCACACCAUGUUCAUGCGCCACCAUAUUGUUUCCCUUGCUUCAGCGCGCGGUAGCGUUUGAGGUAAUAUCUGUUAUGCAAGCGAAAAAUGUUAGAGAUAUGGGGGGAAAGAAGCAUCGUUAUCAGGUGUAAUGGCUCAUUUGGGCAGGAAAGAAAGAAUCUCUCCUUUGUUUUGCGAAUCGCAAAUGCAUAUGCUUGGGAAUGCAGGGAAAGGGAAGGAAAAGGGAAAGUACAUGAUACCACACAGAUGCUUCAAAGAUGAGCAACUGGCAGCAGGAAGGACUGCAGAUACCAAAACCUCCCAUGGAAGAGGAAACGGGACCAGAGCGAAAGACUUACAGAGCUUCGAUCUCUGCGAAACGAAUUAGCAUCUUUAGCGUCAAGCAUCAUUAUUGAACGGCCGUUGCAAGUAGACGAAAUGAUACACCGAUCUGAGUUCAGAUCUA